AUGGAGGAGAAUGCCACGCCGAUCGCGGCCUACACGAAUUUUGGAGCGGACACGGCCGGUCCUCUCACUCCGCCCACGCUUCCAUUCGGUUUCGGUAAGGCGGCAUUCAGGGCUCCAGCGCCAGCAGCGGCGACAGCGGUGGUGGCAUCAUCGCCAUUCUCUCCCGAUCCGCCGUCCAACAGAAGGGGCGAGGCGCUCUCUCCAGAGGCAUUCUCUCUCGACCUGCCGGCUAGAAGAGGAGCGCCUCUUCCUCCUCAUGGAUCUACCAUCCAGAAGCCGCCGGUGCCUAGACCAAGCUCCUCCAGCUUCUCUGGACCCAGCGAGCCAAUUCCUGGCCUUUGUCCUGAUAUGUGCCCAGAGAGUGAGAGAUCCGAAAGAGAACGGAUAGGAGAUCUCGAUCGCUACGAGCGUGUAGGCGGGGAUAGAAACCAGACCUCUAUCAGUCUUGCUGUGAAAAAGUACACGAGGACUCCGGACAAGGAUCCAAUGCUGAUACGCUCCUUGCCUGUGUUGCGAGCAACCAUGGACUAUCUUCUCGGCCUUUUGGAGCAGUCUUAUACUCAGGAGCUCUUGGGCUUGUAUAACUUUCUUUGGGACCGUAUGCGAGCUGUGAGGGUGGAUCUAAGGAUGCAGCAUAUUUUCAACCACGAGGCCAUUGUGAUGCACGAGCAGAUGAUUCGGCUGCAUAUACUGGCCAUGCACGAGUUGUGCGAGUUUCCCAAGGGGGAAGGCUUCGUGGAGGGUUUUGACGCUCAUCUUAACAUCGAGCAGAUGAACAAGGCGUUUAGCGAGCUCUUCCAAAUGUACGAUGAUCAUCGAAGGAAAGGGGAGCCUCUUAUGACUGAGCCCGAAUUCCGGGGGUAUUAUGCGCUUCUCAAACUCGACCAGCAUCCUGGUUUUGCCGUAGAACCAUUUGAUCUCUCCGUUCAUUUGUCCUCAAUGAGUCCUGCUAUGAGAAAUUCCUCUGAUGUUAUUUUUGCCCGCAAAGUUGCGAGGAUGUACAAGCUUCCUAAUUACAUCGGUUUUUUCAAGCUUGCUGCAAAGGCCACUUAUUUACAAGCCUGCCUCAUGCAUGCUCAGUUUUCAAAGGUUCGCAGCCAGGCGCUGGCCGCUCUUUACAGCGGGUUGAGGGUGUCUCAAGGCAUCCCGUUAUCUCAACUUAAGCAAUGGUUAGGCAUGGAGAGGCAUGAGGUUGGCGAUCUCUUAUCUUAUCAUGGAUUUUCUAUCAAACUGUUUGAAGAGCCUUACGUGGUAAAGGAGUCCGAGUUCCUGAAUAAAGACCAGGACUACGGGCUUCAUAGAUCCCGGUUGGUGGAAUCCAAAAGAUCCCCAAGAAUUAUUGACGACGUUGUCUCCCAGAACAGAGAAGCUCCUCGGUUCACUGCUCAGAGUCCGGAACUACAAACGGAUAUGACGGAGUACGUUUCAUUCAACGCUGUGCAAGAAGCUCCAGCGGAAAUAGUGGAAGAAGAAAUGCCUGACUAUGACGACGGAGAGACGCCAGUUUUUAUCGCAAAGGCCCCGACGGUAGUCGAGACUCCGGUUGCUCCAUCUUACAUCUUUCCGACGGGAUCGUUUGAUUGGUUACGGCCGCUUAAUCUAAGCCAGCCAGUCGAGAAACUCAUAGAUGUGGGUGCUCCGCUGCCAAGUAUGCAAGACAGCAUGCUAGCUGAGAAAACGUCCACAGGUAAAAGAACUCGUUCAGACGAUUAUGAGGAGCAGGACCACUCUCCAAAAAGACAGGAGAUUACUAGUCCUGGAGAGGUUUCGCUGGCUGAAGCUGAGGAAUUAGAAAGGAAAGAAGAAGAAGGUCGACUGGAAGAAGCUCGGCAAGAAGAAGAGAGGAUGAAGUUCGAGGAAGCAAGUACAGGACGUGCACGGCUCUGGUUCCGGAGGUGGAAGCGUAAGACCGAUGCUAUCAUGGAAGCUGUCAGAUUGCGAAAACUACGAGCCCGAGCGGCUCUGUCAUCAAUGAUCCUUGGCUUGCCGAUCCAACACGGACGAAAGUACGUUUCUCGACUUACAAAGCAAGGACUCGCCAAAGAAGACUUGGACCGUUUGAAAACGCAACGAGUCUCGCUUCUCAACAGCAUGUGGAAGUUCUUGGACGUGUCGGAAAUAGUUUCUCCGGUUCUCAGAGCUAAGAAUCCACGGGCGAAAACUAUUUACUGGAAACUGGUUUUCUGCAUGGGAGACAAUUCGUCCAAGGGACGAGGCAGUGAGCUUCCGGCGCACUGGCUGAGGUCAAAGCUAAUCGGAAAUCUGGAAGGGGACACAGUAACAUGCUACAUCUCGAGCAACGUCGAAAACAAAGUAGCUUGCCACUGCAUCACCAAAGAGAUUGGUCUCGACAGAAGCUUCCAUCCAAGUAUCAACGGGGCAAGCGCUCUCUUGUUCUUGGUUGACGAAGGCUCGCCUCUAAGCAGGAUGCGCAGCAAGCUACAUUCGCUGGUGGAAUCUCUUCCGACCGGGACGUCUGUGCCGCUGUUGGUAUUUUCAAGUGGCUUUGGAUCAGACGAGGGCGAUCUCAACAGAAGGCCGCCACCAGAAGAAGAGUUAGCACUGCUGCUUCAGCUACACAGAUUGGACGGCGACAAGAUCAGUAGCUGGAUAGUUUUAUCGAUCACUGGGAAAAGUGAACACGGGUUCUACUGCAGUGAGACUCUAGCCAGGGGUAUUGAGUGGCUCGCGACUUUAGCGCCGGCUCAGCCAGAGCUUCAUGCUGUGGAUCUCCGUGACUUGGUGGCAGAAAAGCUCUACUCUACGUUAAACUCGUCACGGGAAGAAACCAAAGCCGAGCCCGGAGACUACGUAGCAGUCUUCAACAAAGCGCUCCACGAUGCUACAGCGGAGGUGACAAACGCUGCCAGUACGAGUCCCAGUUACUGGCCUCCUCCCGACCUUGCGACCUUGUCGGAAGCUUGGUAUAAGGAUCAGGACACUCCUCCCGCAGGCUGGAACAGCUUUGGGAGUUUGCAGCCAAUUUUCUACGCGCUGGAGCUCUGCCGACUGCCUCCCUUUCCUCACCUUGACGAACGAACCCCGUUUGCUCUAGCUCUCUCACGGUUGUCGGCGGAGGCAAUCCUCGACUGCGUGAGAGCUCAAUACAAGUCUCUACUGGCUCCGCUGGAAGUGUACCUGAGCAAGCUCGGCUACGAAGAACCGGAGGCUAACCGUGUCGCAGCCAGCGUUUUGGAUGGAGCAGUGAGCCUUGAGUGGUCGGAAGGUGGCUGCCGGAUCCUGGCGAACUGGCGUCGGGUGUUCCGGAGCAUUUUCUGGACGAAGCUGAUGCGUCUCAACAGCGAGCCUCCCCCGACGGUUUAUCUCUUGCGCGAGAUGUCCUUUCACAGAGACGAGGUAGGGGACUACGAAAAGAGUCUUGCGUGUGCGUCUCGGCUCCAAGGUGGCGACGUCCCCGAGUCGAUCCAGGAAAAGGUUGUGAGUUUUGUGGAGAGAUACAACCAGCAGUACACCAAGGAGACCGAGACUGCCCGUGAUACUGCAACUUCAAAGCCAGAGGACGUUAUGCUCAGGCACGAGCUCGAGUGCCUGAGAAGCGGAGAUGAGCUCGAGCUUUUGAGUCUACUCCCAAAGGCCAGGGACGAAGAAGAGGCAGUGCUACCUCAGACGGAGCCAGAGGGACGACUGGACGAGCUAGUGGCAAGGCUGGACAGAAGGCUGGAUGAAAACACUCAGGCAGCAGCGACUGGACUGGAAGAAAUUCCUCGGCCGUGGACAGAGGACACGAAGCUGCUCGUGCUCACACCAGAGGGGAUCGGCUUGGAAGUUUUGGAAGUGACGAGCCCGAGGUCUUCAAGCUCGGACAGCUACAAGAGGUUUAACGAGCUCUUGAGUAGCUGCCACAGCGCCCAGACACUCGUCUCUGGGAAGCUUACAAGCUACUUUGGCGUUUUUUGACAUAACUACUUGACAAAUAUUUGCAACUUUGUAAAUGUAUUCAUUUCUUUUCAAGGAAACCACAGAGUGCGUGUAGAUUGUCUCGUUUUGCCA